UUUUAGUUGUUUUUCUAAACAAAGUUCCCUGUUGCACAUUCAUGCUCAAUGCAGUGAACCCUGUUGCCUUUGUCCUUUAGGACAGAAACAAAAAUUGGGGACCACUGAAGAAAAAAUGACAUCCCUAUUUGUCAUGUACCCACUGUAGAAGUCAACUGUGAAGUUUAAUGAGUGAUCCUCCUUUCUCCUCCAAAUUGGCAAGAUUGAUAAGUCUAGAACAAAAUCCCUGAUCUUCCUGUUUAUCUAACCGGUUAAUCCAUGGCUCCCACAACUCCUAGACUAGUGAUCCCGAUAGACUUGAAGAAGAAACCAUGGGAGCAAAAUCAACCCCUUCACAACCGUUGGCACCCCCAAAUACCACCAGUUGCAGAUGUUAAAGUCGGUGAGGUCUUUAGAGUAGAGAUGGUAGAUUGGACUGGAGGUGCUGUGAAAGAUGAUGAUUGUGCAAUUGAUAUAAAAUUUAUAGACCUUUCCCCUGUACAUUAUCUAAGUGGUCCAAUAAGGGUCCUAGAUAAGGAUGGCAUACCAGCCAAGCCAGGCGACCUUCUUGUAGUUGAAAUCUGCAACUUAGGUCCUCUACCAGGAGAUGAAUGGGGUUUUACAGCAUCCUUUGAUAGGGAAAAUGGAGGUGGUUUUUUGACAGACCAUUUCCCUAGUGCAACCAAAGCUAUUUGGUAUUUUGAAGGAAUUUUUGCCUACUCUCCUCACAUACCAGGGGUAAGAUUUCCAGGUUUGACUCACCCUGGAAUAAUUGGGACUGCUCCAUCAAUGGAACUCCUAAACAUAUGGAAUGAAAGGGAAAGAGAACUUGAAAAAAAUGGUCAUCAGACUCUAAAACUAUGUGAGGUUUUGCAUUCUCGACCACUGGCAAACUUACCAACUACCAAAGGAUGCCUCUUAGGGAAGAUACCAGUAGGCACUGCUGGAUGGGAAACAAUUGCCAAGGAAGCUGCAAGGACCAUUCCAGGAAGAGAAAACGGAGGAAAUUGUGACAUCAAAAAUCUGAGUAGGGGUUCGAAGAUAUACCUUCCUGUGUUUGUUGAGGGAGCAAAUUUUAGCACUGGUGAUAUGCACUUUUCCCAAGGUGAUGGUGAAAUCGCCUUCUGCGGGGCAAUUGAAAUGAGUGGCUUUCUAGAGCUCAAAUGUGAAAUUAUAAGGGGUGGGAUGAAAGAGUACCUUACUCCAAUGGGGCCGACUCCUCUUCAUGUAAAUCCAAUAUUUGAGAUAGGUCCAGUUGAGCCUAGAUUCUCAGAAUGGUUGGUGUUUGAAGGAAUAAGUGUUGAUGAGAGUGGAAGGCAACAUUACCUGGAUGCAAGUGUUGCUUACAAACGUGCAGUACUUAAUGCAAUUGACUACCUCUCAAAAUUUGGAUACUCAAAAGAACAGGUUUACCUUCUGCUAUCUUGCUGCCCAUGUGAAGGAAGGAUCUCUGGAAUAGUUGAUUCUCCCAAUGCUCUUGCAACACUUGCAAUCCCAACUGCUAUUUUUGACCAGGAUAUUCGUCCUAAGAUUGGAAAGGUGCCUGUUGGGCCUCGUCUAGUGAGAAAACCAGAUGUUCUGAGAUGCACUUAUGAUGGUAAUCUGCCCACCACAAAGAACCCAGCUGCCUCAAUGUAACUUCAGCAAAGCCACAUAGAAGAAGACUUACAUUUUAUAUCCCUAGCAGGCUUUAGUCAUGUCAAAAUGACCAUUAGAUGGAAAAACAGUGGUGUAUUUAAACAACAUCCACCUCUAAGGUAAACACAAUAUCUUGAAACUAUAAAUCAAAACCUUCUCCUAAAAAUAAAGUUCUGUAUGUUGCAAGAAUUCCAAUAGAAUGUUUAGCCAACACCAUUACACAAUCAUGAUUCAUGAAUAUGUUGUAAAAUAUUGAAUUGUUGAUGAACCCUUACAGAAGUAGAAUUACAAGAUGGAGAGACAAUUUCUGGAGAAAUAAAUAUCAUUUAGCAAAUAAAUUCAUAAUCAUGAGAUCUUUCAGUUCAUGUAAAUAAAAUAACUCAAUGUUAAAUUAGUAGAGAGAUGUACUGCCCAAACUUUUAAGAGUUGUGAUCCUUGAAAGCAAACAAAAAAGGAUCUUAUAGACUGAUGGCUACUUAUCCUAAGAAGUUACCUUGAACAUUUGACUAGUUGUGACCUACCUAGUAAUAUAUUGAUAGUGUUCUAUGGUGUUGGAGAGACGGACAUUGGACACCAACAGACCAGAGCCAAAGAUCUAACUCCACACUCAGCACCUA